AUGGCAUCUUCUCAGUAUGCGCCCAUAUCGGCAGACACAGCAACACAUUAUCAAGUACUCAAUAUCACGCCUGCUCUACUAGACACACAACAUGACUCUGCACCUCUCAUAAAGCGAGCCUAUCACCGAGCUCUCCUCCGCAACCACCCAGAUAAAGUCGCAAACGCAGAUUCAUCAUCAGUCUUCUACACUGUUGACCAAAUCACCACUGCACUCAACAUCCUCUCCAGUCCUUCUUCCCGCUCGGCCUACGACGCUGCUCUACGAGUGUCUCGCCCGACUGCGGCUGCUGACCGGGAUGGCUCUUUUCAAACCGGCGUCGAAAAUGUCGAUCUUGAUGAUCUAGCUUUUGAUGAGGGUCAGGAGUGCUGGUAUCGACCUUGUCGUUGUGGCAAUGAGCACAGCUAUGAAUUUCGUGAGGCUGACUUGGAGGAAGUGAGCGAUGAGGGUGAGCUCGUAGUUGGCUGCCUUGACUGUAGCUUAUGGUUACGGGUUCAUUUUGCUGUUAUGGAUGAUGAAGACGAAGACGAAGACGAUACAAAACCUUCAGAUAAUACCCACAAAAAGACAAGUUGA